GUCGUCAAAACCUCCUUAGUGCAUUCAAUAAGAUGCGAGUUAUAGCCAUCUUUAUUUUGGUGGCCCCUGUUCUCGUUGUUGGAAAACCUGGCGGUGUCGCGAAAGAAAGAAGACGGAGGCCCAUAAGUUACGGUUGCAGUGCUCCAAUAAUCGAAACUGAGUUCUAUUGUGCAGCAAGGGCUUUAAAAUACUUUUACAACCGGACGGCGAGUCGUUGCGAGCAUUUCAUGUGGAACGGCUGCUUGCGCGAUGGCGUCUUCGACACUCGCAUUGACUGUGCUGAUAACUGCAACCCUGACGAAGACGCUGCUGUCUGUGCGAAGCCAAGAAAAGAUCCAUGCAUGAAAUGGCGUGGGACGUACGAGAAAAUUCAAUACUUUUACAACAUAAGCAGUGGUACCUGCGAAAAGUACAUAAUUUGCGGUAAUGUAGGGGAAUUCAUGAAAGAGAACUCUUUCAAUUCGAAGACGCUGUGUACAAUGCAAUGUAGAGGCUUUACUUUGGAGCACAUACAGAACAGUAGUGGAUCAAAACUUCUUGAUAUACGAUACUCGUGUUUCUUCAUGGCUGUGGAUAAAUAACAAAACUGGAGAAGAAUACAUGCAAGUAGACAAAGGUAA